GUGGUGUGGAGGCGGUUCUGCUUCCGGUGGAGAAGAUGGAGGCCAUACACCGGCUCCGGCAGUUUGAUGCUUAUCCGAAGACAUUGGAAGAUUUCAGGGUGAAGACGUGCGGCGGAGCUGUGGUUACGGUGAUCAGCGGGCUCAUAAUGCUGAUAUUAUUCUUCUCCGAGCUCCAGUAUUUUCUCACUAAAGAAGUCUAUCCGGAAUUAUUUGUCGACAAAUCCAGAGGAGAUAAGUUAAAGAUUAACAUCGAUAUAAUAUUUCCACAUAUGCCGUGUGCCUAUCUGAGCAUAGACGCCAUGGACGUAGCUGGGGAGCAGCAGCUGGAUGUGGAGCACAAUCUCUUCAAGCAGAGGCUGGAUAAGGACGGAAAGGCGGUGACCUCAGAAGCCGAGAAACACGAUAUGGGAAAAGCAGAAGAGCCCGUGGUGUUUGACCCAAAAUCAUUAGAUCCGUCGCGCUGUGAAAGUUGCUACGGUGCAGAAACUGAAGAUAUUAGGUGCUGUAACACAUGUGACGAUGUUCGGGAGGCCUAUCGUAGAAAAGGUUGGGCGUUCAAGACUCCAGACUCCAUAGAACAGUGUAAACGUGAAGGGUUCAGUCAGAAGAUGCAGGAUCAGAAGAACGAGGGCUGCGAGGUCUACGGGUUCUUAGAAGUCAACAAGGUGGCUGGAAACUUUCAUUUUGCUCCUGGAAAAAGCUUCCAGCAGUCACAUGUCCACGUACACGCUGUGGAGAUCCACGACUUGCAAAGCUUUGGACUUGACAACAUUAACAUGACCCAUCAUAUAAAACAUCUCUCUUUUGGAAGAGACUAUCCCGGUCUAGUGAACCCUCUGGAUGAGACGAGUGUGUCGGCUGUACAGGCAUCGAUGAUGUUCCAGUACUUUGUGAAAAUUGUCCCUACGAUAUAUGUGAAAGUAGACGGAGAGGUAUUACGCACCAAUCAGUUUUCAGUGACCAGACACGAGAAGAUCGCGAACGGACUGAUCGGUGAUCAGGGUCUCCCGGGGGUCUUCGUCCUCUAUGAACUUUCUCCUAUGAUGGUAAAACUCACAGAGAAGCACAGAUCAUUUACCCACUUUCUCACGGGAGUGUGCGCCAUCAUCGGCGGAGUGUUUACAGUUGCGGGACUUAUCGAUUCGCUCAUCUAUCACUCCACACGAGCCAUUCAGAAGAAAAUUGAACUCGGGAAGACGACAUAAUGGCGGGAAAAAACCCCAAAAACAUUUCCUACCCUCUCCGGGCAGGAGACUGGGACGUCUGCACAAUGGAAAUUGGGAAACGGGACGCGUUGUCUGGAAAAAACCUAAACGCCAUGAGACAGAUUUUAUUGCCUUUAGCCGGAGUCUGCGUUGUUUCCCACGGAAAUAUUUUACGGCUGACAAAACGGUGAACUGCGGCGGCGGCGGCGGCGGCUCCGUUCUGUGUCACCGCUGACGUCUCCUCCUCUUGUUUUUAAUCUUCCCCGGUGCCGCACCCAAGGGGCGAGGGGUCUGCGGUUCUCCCCAGUGUUGUGAGUAGAUACGGAUAAUAAGACUCCAGCGCUAUUCUCACUCGGAGAACGGCGGCCUCUGCCGCGGAAUGGCGGUUCUGUGGGCUACAACCGAUGACACGGAGGGGGCGGUGAUUGUCAAUCUCGUUGUCACUUUGCAGCAUUAAAUUAACAGAAUGAAUGUUUCUUUUAAGUUGGCGUAAGGCGCUGGUUGGUUGGUUGUUUUAUUUUUUUACUUACGUGCAAUAUUUGUCGCAGGGCGCCGACUUCUCGUGGAUGUUACACAGACGGAAAAAAGCGACAAAAAGUUGUGAUAAAAAUUUAAUUUUUUUAAAUGAUAUGUUUAUCAGGUCUGCGCUCGCCUUCCGUUUCGCCUUUUUAUUCAGGUAUGUUUCUACAUUUUAUCACAUCUCGCGCACAUCUUCGUAUUUGAUAAUAGUUGAGGCCCUGUUCACACGGCCAAGUUUCUGUGGAAACCCUCACAACGUGACGUUAAAGGGGUACUCCGGUGGAAAACGUUUUUUUAAUUUUUUAAUUUUUUUUAAAUCAACUGGUGCCAGAAAGUUAACCAGUUUUGUAAAUUACUUCUAUUAAAAAAUCGUAAUCCUUCCAGUACUUAUUAGUGGCUGUAUGCUACAGAGGAAAUUCUUUUCUUUUUGGAUUACUCUUGUCACUAGCACAGUGCUCUCUGCUGACCUCAUGACCACAGUGCUCUCUGCUGACAUCUCUGUCCAUUUUAGGAACUGUCCAGAGUAGGAGAAAAUCCCCAUAGAAAACAUAUGCUGCUCUGGACAGUUCCUAAAAAUGGACAGAGAUGUCAGCAGAGAGCACUGUGGUCCUGACAGAAGAGAAAUCCAAAACGAAAAUCUUUCCAGUACAUUUUAGGGGCUGUAUACUACAGAGGAAAUUCUUUUCUUUUUGGAUUUCUCUUCUGUCACGAGCACAGUGCUCUCUGCUGACCUCUGCUGUCCAUUUUAGGAACUGUCCAGAGCAGCAUAUGUUUGCUAUGGGGAUUUUCUCCUACUCUGGACAG